CGACUUUCCUCUCUCUUUCUCUCGCUGCUACUUUCGGUUUUAAAGUCACCCCUGCGCUGGAGAUGCGCUUCUAUUGGUCCAGCUGGGAUAACGCCACCACCUUAAAUCCGCCUGGAUUGGUUUGGCUCGUCAUCAAUCAUUUCUAGCAGCCGGGACUCCAGAUGGUACUGAAUGGGGAAGGAGGGAGGGAGAAAUAGAAACUCGUGCACAGAGGGAGAGAGCAGCUGCCAGAGGCCAGGAGGAGAAACCUUCACUGAAGCUGGGUGAGGGUGCGUGGGAGACGCAGCACUGCAGCCACAUGCUUUGAAAACUGCCUGCUUCUGUAGCGUGCAGCAUUGUUCCUCCUACAGCCCAUCCAUGUGGAAGAAAUACCAUUUGGCAGCAAUUUGCUGGCUGGCCAUGGGAACGAAUCAUAGAUCUGAUCAAUGGCUCCGUGACUUGAAAAUGCCCUCUGAGAAGCAGGGAGGUUUACAAGCUAUCUGGAAUGAAGUGGUCCGGAACCUGACAUUCACCCUCUGCCUGCUUACAACUGGCCACAAAUUGCAAUAAACUGGGAGCCAAAUUGUGUCUGCACCGUGUAAAAGAUCCUCAGCCAGAAACAGCCAAACAAGCCUUUGGUUGCCCAUUGAUGGAAAUGUCUUAUAAUUCGACAGGAGAAAAUGAAUUCAAUUCCCCCCAGAAUUUAACUGUACCCAGCGCAUCCACUCCAGCUGAGAACAGCAUAAAGGAGCCUUGUACCACACCACUGAGCAAUGAUACUUUAUAUUCCAACACAAACAGCCCUUCAGAUUCUUGUGUGAAACCUCUCUGCGAUGCAGCAUCCGAAAAGAAAAGCCAGUGCAACGAAGGAGUUAAAUAUGUCUCCUCCGAAGGAGUCAAGUGUGGGUGGGGGGCUUUCACGCCUGCUUGUUUACAGUUCUUCAACACACCUAAGGGCGUCUUGUUAUUCCUCUGUGUGGCUUCUUUUUUGCAAGGGAUGAUAGUGAACGGCUUCAUUAAUACAGUCAUCACCUCAAUAGAACGGCGCUUUGACCUGCACAGCUACCAGAGCGGACUGAUUGCAAGCUCUUAUGACAUAGCGGCAUGUGGCUGCUUGACGUUUGUCAGUUACUUUGGGGGCAAUGGGCAUAAACCGCGGUGGCUGGGAUGGGGAGUGCUCAUUAUGGGAGUCGGCUCCAUUGUCUUUGCAUUGCCCCACUUCACCACUAGCCAGUAUGAAGUACACCUGCCAAAAGAGAACGGCAUGUGCUCUUCCAACCAGAGCAUGCCAUGUGCGGAAAGCGUCUCGAUCCUCUCAAACUACAGAUUUGUCUUCAUGCUCGGGCAGUUCCUGCAUGGGAUUGGAGCGACACCACUCUACACUCUUGGAGUGACCUAUUUAGAUGAAAACGUCAAGUCUAAUUAUUCCCCUGUGUAUAUUGCUAUUUUCUACACUGCUGCAAUUCUUGGGCCCGCAGCAGGUUAUCUGGUAGGAGGAAUGUUUCUAAAUAUUUAUACUCAUAUAGGCAAACAAAUGGAUCUAACCCCAGAUAAUACUCUCUGGGUUGGGGCCUGGUGGAUAGGAUUCCUGGGUGCUGGAGCUGCUGCCCUUCUCACUGCCAUUCCCAUUCUGGGUUACCCUCGCCGGCUGCCAGGAUCCCAGCGCUACAUCAUCAUGAGAGUCUCUGAGACUCAUCAGAUGAAAGAUGGGAGCCAAGAAAUGGCAUCGGAUCCCGCCUUUGGGAAAACAGUUAAAGACCUUCCACGAUCAUUAUUGCUGCUUCUGAAGAACCCUACCUUCAUCUUCCUCUGUUUAGCUGGAGCAACUGAAGCCACGCUCAUUGCGGGAAUGUCUACUUUUGGACCCAAGUUCCUUGAGUCACAGUAUAGUUUAAGUGCCUCUGAAGCUGCUACCUUGUUUGGUUAUCUUGUUGUGCCAGCGGGGGGAGGAGGCACAUUCCUGGGAGGAUUCAUCGUGAAUAAGUUUAAGCUUCGCUGUUCCGGAAUCAUCAAAUUGUGUUUACUUUGCACAGUGACAAGUCUCCUGGCUGUUUUCAUAUUUUUCAUUCAUUGCCCUAACAUGCCUAUGGCGGGAGUAACGCAUAUGUACAACCGAAGCAUCUUACUGGAAAGCAGCCUAAACCUGACAGCAGCGUGCAACACUGAAUGUGACUGUCUAAGGGAGAUCUACAGUCCAGUCUGUGGAAGUGAUGACAUCAUGUAUUACUCUGCCUGCUAUGCAGGGUGCAAAAAAAAGGCAAUCCUCGAUAGUGGCAAGACGGUUUACUAUGAAUGUAGCUGUGUCCUGGAGAAUGAUCCCAGUGGUUCUGCCCAAGCGAUUCCAGGGAAAUGCACUUCCUCCUGUGAGAGAACUCUCCUGCUGCUUUUCAUGUUUUUUGUGAUUUUCUUUACAUUCCUAUGCAGUAUUCCGGCGCUGACCGCAACUCUACGGUGCGUCUCCGACCAACAGAGAUCAUUUGCACUAGGAAUCCAGUGGAUUGUAGUAAGAACUCUAGGAGCCAUUCCCGGUCCUAUUGCCUUUGGCUCAAUGAUUGAUCUAUCAUGUCUGGUGUGGCAGGACCAGUGUGGAGAACAAGGUUCUUGCUACGUUUACCAGAACUCCGCCAUGAGCCGUUACACUCUGGUUGCUGGAAUUGUCUACAAGGUGGUUGGAACAGUCUUCUUCCUGCUGGCCUGUUUCCUUUACAAACCGCCUCCCCCAGAAUCCCUACCAGGGAGCUCAGCUGCUUCGGAAAAUGGGAACUGUGUCCUCCAAGAGAACAAAUCAUCUCUCCAGACCCAAGCUGCUGACUAGCACUGUAAAUACUGCAAGGGACUUUCUCAGCCUCAGACAUACCAUGUCAAGAUAUUGUUCUAUUCCUGUUUUUAUGAUUACUAUUAUUAUUACUAUUGCUUUACACUUUUGUGUUUCUAUUUAAAGAAGGAUAUUUGAAGUAAGUUCUGGUUUGGCAUAACAUUUUCUGAAUGGCAGAAGCACAUGAGAGGAUCUGUGCAUUGAUGCCAUAUGAGGAUCUGUGCAUUGGUGCUAGACACUGUUAUUUUACUCACUGGUAUCUUUAUAGCACUUCUAUAACAAACCUGAACCACACUAAAGGGUACCACUGUGGGACAAAGUCUCAGCUGGUGUAAACUGUUGGAUUAUUUGUGGUCCUUGAGCUAUUGUGCUGUUUGACACAGAAAUACAUAAGAUAUGGAUCUAUGCAAUGUUUUGUUUAUUCUGCUCUGUAAAGACAUUGUUUUUAAGUACGCAGAAAAAUCAGAACUAAUUUAAUUUUUCUUAGACUGCUAGUUUAAAGAGAAACCUAACAUAGCGACAGACUUUAUUGUAUGAAGCUAAUGAAAAGAUCACCCAGAUUCUCAGCUGAUGUAACUAGACAUAGCUCUGAUUUCAGUGGCGCUAUGCUGAUUUGCACCAGAGGAUGAUCUGAUCCAUUGUUUGCAAAUAAACUGGGCCACAUUUUCAAAAAUGCCCUUUAAAUAUGCACUGCAGUAUUAACCGUAUGUUGUUGGCAAGACCAAGCAAUGGAUUAUCGGCAUCUAAUGGCCAGAUUUCUGGGUGGCUGUCUCACCCGCACCCACGAAAUCAGGCAGGUGUCAAAAUCUUAUUUGGCUCUUCAAAUGGUUGCACAAGCAAAAAAUACAGGUAACAAUUCAGCACUUGGAUUGAGGCCCCUCUGAAGAUGCAGGCCCCUGAAGUCCUUACCCUGCAUAAAACUGUAGUGAAGAAUUCUAGGACAAUCACUAACGAGCUGUUUAAUCAACAUGUAAUGGUCACUACAAAAUAUUUAGAAAGAUUUUGUAGCUACUUUGUAUAUUUUUUUAUAUUUAUGUUUUUGUAAAAGGGUAAAGAAGGUUGAAAAGCUGUUUAUAGUUUUUCGCAAAGGACCAAACUUUCCCGAGCACAGCCGUCACCAUUAAACACGGCCAUAUACCAUGCCUGGUGUUUCCCAUUCUACUGAGGGUGAUACUGUGGUGGAGAUACGGGGUUGAAGUAAAAUGUCCAUUCUUUCCUUGACACUCACUUGGAAUGGGCUCUGAAUAAGAGUUCCUCUGCCAUCCGUGAAUCCUCCUCCUCCACCAAGGCCAUGGAUUUACUAUGCAGAAGCAGCCAUUAAAAGGCCCAUAUUUACCAACCGUUGUCACACCGCAGUGUCUAGGGAUGUCUACACAGCAUUUUGGAGCAAACCUCUCAGCCUCAGGCUAGCCGCACUAUUGCUCUACAAAUAGCUGUAUAGUAAACCACACAUUGCAGUUGUGGCACGGGCUGGAGCUUGGGCUCUGAAUCCCCCAGCCCCAGCCGCAACUUCAGCAGCUUCAGCCCGAGCUGCAAGUUUAAAGCACUGUCUAUACCGCAACUUUUAGAGCCAUUGAUCUGGGCUGAAAGGCUCACUCCAAAAUGCCGUGUACACCUACCGUGAGAGAGAAUAGCUAGUAUUGGGAAACACUGCAAUGUCUCUGGUAUCAUAGCAUGGUAACUACUGCUGAACACCGACAUUCUGGAAGGCAUCCCUGGUCAGUAGCUCUGGGUAGUCAUGGACCCAUUGGUAGUGCCUGCCCAGAAUAAACCCCUAUGCACUGGUGUAUACAGAGCCCUUGCAGUAUUCUGGGUGUGGUGUCCCUCUCUCUGCUGCUUGACACCCACUCCCCAUCUUACACACCUGUGGGGGUUUAAGGGGAAUGACUAGGCCCAAAGAGAUUAACCUUGACCAAUAGUAAAUGGUUCUUCAUGCCCGUCAACAGUUUUCUCAGGCACUUAUGAGCAAGACAACCACUAUCUACAGGAGUCUGCCACUCCAGUACACUAGAAACAAGAAACUCUUCCCAAUACUUUGGGUACAAGCAGUAGCCUGGUGAGUUGCAUGACGUAAUUUGGGGAAAAUAUUUUGUGCAUAAUGUACUUAUGAUGUUAGAAGUGUUUAUAAAUAUGAUAUGCUUUAGUGGUGUUUAUAAAAUGAAAUUUGUUUGAAUUUAUCAUUUCAAGAGCAAAAGAAUAGUGGUGUUUUAUGAUGUUAACGUGGGACUGAAAAUCCUUGAUUUUAAUUAAAUAGCAAAAAAAAAACCUGUUCCUAUUAGGGCAACAUUUGUAUAUAAAAAAUAUGUACGUGCACAUGGUAUCUGAAAGGACAUUUCCCCAUCUCAUGUGAAGUAUUGUAUUCCUAUGAUUUCACAGAAAUAUAAGCAAUAUUUAACAGGUCCUUUGUGUGUGGCUUGAUCAGCUUCAUUUAAUUCUGAAUGGUGCUUUUGAGGCAAAUGGAAUGAAUUAGCUUAGCCAUACUAUAAUGUAGUCACAACUGGAAAAGUUGGGGCAUAGACACCUGCACCUCUCAAUGAAACCAGUGAGAACUGUGGUGCUAAGCAACUCUCUGGACACAAUACUUUUUAGUGCCAGAUAGCUCUUUGAAUUGUGAUUGAAGUUUUGAUACACCACCGCUUUGGUUCUCUUUUUAACUACUAACACUUUCUUCCUGCGCUCAUGGAGGAAGGUUACACAAGUGGGAGUAAGGGAAUGGUUGGGGUUAGGGAAUGUGAUCCAACACAGAUCGAAGACAAUGGAAAGCCUCCUGUUGACUUAAUUGGGCAUUGGACCUGGAUCAAGAUAAGCAGACACCUAAGAGGAGCUAUCUGAUUCUGUUUCAGAGAAGGUCCAUUCUGCCACUAGACUUCUUCCAUCUGUCUAGUACCUUUGGGGAAAAAGAACACUAUGAGGCCAGCUCGGGUUAGUGGGCUUUUAUGGAGAGAAGACUUGGUGACAUGGGAAUUGGAUUUCCUGAACUUCUUAGGAUUCAUCUUACAAUACUGAGCUCAGAACACAACUAGGUUUCUUGGUACUGCUCAUCACUAGUUGAGAUAACGUGGAAGGACAACAGCAAUUCCUAAAAUCAAAAUGUAUGGAAAAAUCUAAGACCCUGGGACAACCUUAGGUCAAGGACAAGGGUGGCAAACAAGAGCCUUGGAUCUUUGUGGGAAAAGGAGGAUAGGGCAGAGUGUGAGCACAACCAAACGAAACAGAAUGUCAGUGUGCUUUUGCUCUGAGGAGAGAUUUCUCUUCUGCGCUCAGCCCAGUUGGGACUCAUUUCAUUUUCUUUUCCUUGUGCCAACCUGAAUGCAAUGAUAGGUUUAUUUUUAGAAAACAAAACAGUUUUUUUUCUUGUGCCAAGUGCAUUAGUGUCAAAUAUCGAGGGACACAUCAUCAGCUGGCGUAAAGUGAGGUAGCACCAGCAGAGUCAAUCGAGCUACGGCACUUCUUCAUUCUCUGGGGACCCGGCCCUGAUUCUGCAUAAGCAGGACCAGUCGCCUUGCAAGGGCAAAACAAGAGGUCUUUGGUUAUCAGAGAAGAACAAAAUGAGCAAGAUCAGAACCUCACUUUCCCCCCAGUGAAUUGUUUUAGGACCUGAUCUUGAAAUUGGAGCUGUACACACACAGCUCUGGGUCUACGAGGAGCUGCACUGACGUCAGCAGUGCUCCAUGUGAGUGCAAAGGUCAUCGAGCAUUGAUUCAACUGCAGGAUCAGGGCCUUCAUUAACAAUUACCACCUGCUAGGCCGAAUUUUGACUCUUGCUCUUUCUUUUGUUCUUCUUGAUUACGAGGACAAAUAACAGCUUUGUUGGGCUUGACAGCCCUCUCCAGGUUCUUGGAUGUUUAAAGCAUGGCAUUGGUGAACCACAGUGUACAGUACAGCUACAUUAAGAGAUACAAAGGCAAUCAGAUUGCAAAUGUCUUUACAUUCAUUAUGUAUAUGUGUAAUAUAAACGCCUGCAUUGUUUUUGUAUUGGUGCAUUGAAAUAAAAUAUUAAAUUAAAA